GCUGAAAGAUCUGUGCUGAUGUGAAGAGGCUCUGCAAUCAUGGGAGAAGAUCUCAGCUGCUAAAACAGCUGACAAAGGCGGGCGUUUCUGAAUUGAACACCUGAAGAGUGCUUGAUACUGUUUGGAUUUAUCAUAAAAGACUGAUUCAACAAUGACACACAAGGCUUUGGAAGUAAAGGAGAGCCUGGAGGAGCGGUGUAACCGGAUCCUGCGGAACAUGGAGGCCUCCCUCACCGCCCGGGACCGCGUGGGGAUCCAGGAUUUUGUCCUGCUGGACGCCUACACGAGUGAGAACGCCUUCCUGAAAAACCUGAGGAAGCGCUUCCAUGAGAAUCUCAUUUACACCUACAUCGGGACGCUCCUUGUUUCAGUCAAUCCAUACAAAGCGUUAGACAUUUACAGUGAGAAGCAAAUGGACACUUACAUGGGCGUAAACUUCUUUGAGCUUCCACCUCACAUUUACGCACUUGCAGACAACGUCUUCCGCACGAUGCUGUCUGAAAUGAACAACCACUUCAUCCUGAUCUCAGGAGAGAGCGGGGCCGGGAAGACCGAGGCAUCCAAGAAAAUUCUCCAGUUCUAUGCCGUGAGCUGUCCCAGUACCAAACUACUGAACAACAUCCGAGACCGACUUCUUCACUCCAACCCGGUGCUUGAGGCUUUCGGAAAUGCCAAAACUCUGAAGAAUGACAACUCAAGCCGCUUUGGGAAAUACAUGGACAUCCAGUUUGACCACCAGGGUGGGGCGGUUGGUGGGAACAUCCUUAGUUACCUGCUGGAGAAAUCUCGUGUUGUGCACCAGAACCACGGAGAAAGGAACUUCCACAUCUUUUACCAGCUGGUGGAGGGAGGAGAAGAAGAUCUGCUCCGCUGGCUCGGCCUGGAGAGAAACUGCCAGUGCUACAGCUACCUGGUGCAGGGGGGUUGUGUCAAAGUCAGCUCGAUCAGUGAUGAAAGUAACUGGAAGACUGUCCGGAAAGCCCUCACUGUCAUUGAAUUCAGUGAGUGUGACACAGAGAACCUUUUUGGGAUUAUUGCUAGUGUGCUCCACUUGGGAAAUAUCAAGUUUGAGGCAGACGCUCGAGGAUAUGCCACUCUCAGCAACACUCAAGAGAUGUACUGGCUGUCAAAGUUGCUGGGCAUUCCGUCUCAGGUCCUACAACAAGGCUUAACUCACAAGAAGAUUGAAACCAAAGAAGAUGAGGUGUUCAGUCCCUUCUCAGUGGACCAUGCUGUGUAUGCCAGGGAUGCACUUGCCAAGGCCAUCUAUGGCAGGACUUUCAACUGGCUGGUUAAUAAGAUAAAUGAAUCAAUAGCUAACAAGGAUUCAUCCAGGAAGACAGUGAUCGGCCUGUUGGACAUCUACGGGUUUGAGGUUUUCAGCGUGAACAGUUUUGAGCAGUUUUGCAUCAACUAUUGCAAUGAGAAGCUGCAGCAGCUCUUCAUCCAGCUUACCCUCAAGUCAGAGCAGGAGGAGUACCAGCUGGAAGGGAUUGAAUGGGAACCAGUGCCAUAUUUCAACAACAAGAUCAUCUGUGACCUUGUGGAGGAGAAACACAGAGGAAUCAUUGCUUUACUGGAUGAGGAAUGUUUACGACCUGGAGAAGCUACAGAUGUCACAUUCCUGGAAAAGAUGGAAGAAAAAAUCGGUGGUCACCCUCAUUUUGUCACACACAAGCUUGCAGAUCAGAAGACAAGAAAAACCCUACAAAGAGGAGAUUUCCGCCUCUUGCACUAUGCCGGGGAGGUGACGUACUGUGUGGUCGGGUUUUUGGAUAAAAACAAUGAUCUCUUGUAUCGGAAUGGGAAAGAGGUCAUGCGACAGUCCAAAAAUGUAAUCAUCAAACAUUGUUUCCCUCCAAUGGAACCAGACAGCAAGAAGAGACCUGAAACUGUGGUGACUCAAUUUAAGAGCAGCCUGGUCGGUCUGACCGAGAUCUUAAUGUCCAAAGAACCCUGGUACGUCCGCUGCAUCAAACCUAAUGAAGCCAAGCAGCCAGGAUGUUUUCAAGACGUGCUGGUGAGACAUCAGGUGAAGUAUCUGGGGCUGAUGGAGCACCUGAGGGUCAGACGAGCCGGUUUUGCUUACCGCCGCAAAUAUGAGAUCUUCCUUCAGAGGUAUAAAGCUCUAUGUCCAGAAACCUGGCCCAGCUGGAAGGGCACACCGGCAGAAGGUGUCCAGCUCCUGAUCAAACAUCUGGGCUAUAAAUCUGAUGCGUACAAAAUGGGCAGGACAAAAAUUUUCAUCCGACACCCUCAAACUCUCUUCUCAAUAGAAGAUGCCUUUCAAAUCUGCAAACACAAGCUAGCAACGAGGAUUCAGGCCAAAUAUAAAGGCUAUAGGGUGAAAGAAGACUACUUGAAGCAGAGAGAAGCUGCAACUAAGAUUGAGAACUGCUGGCGAGGUUUGAUGGCGAGAAAGGAGCGCCAAAGGAGAGCAUGGGCUGUUCAAGUCAUCAAGAGGUUCAUUAAAGGUUUCAUGACCAGAAAUCAGCCAACCAAUGUUCACAACAGUGAGUACCUGGCAUAUGUGAGGCUUAAUUAUCUCACCCGGCUAAAAGAAAACCUCCCCAAAUCCGUUCUGGAGAAAGACUUGUGGCUGUCUCCUCCACCUAUAAUGCAGGAGGUGUCCCAGCUGUUGAAGAAGCUCUAUGUUCGCCUCAUGGUACGAAAGUAUGUUCACAGUAUUACUCCGCACAGGAAAACUCAGCUUAUGAUGAAAGCACUGACCAGCUUCUAUGUUCAAAGGCAAAAAAGAAAACUAUGCAUGCAGUGUCGCAGACCCUUCCUGGACACCAGAAUAGGUGAGGAAGACAUAAAUGUCAAAGUGCUUCAGAUGAUUCGACAGAGACACAUCAAGUACAGUGUCCCGGUGGUGAAGUACGACCGAAAUGGUUUCAGACCACGUCUUAGGCAACUGGUCUUCACCCAGGAAGCAGCUUAUCUGAUCGAAGAGGCCAAGAUCAAGCAGCGUAUCGAAUACAGCUUCUUAAAAGGUGUAUCAGUGAGUCACCUGAGUGACAACGUCUUGAUCCUUCAUGUUGUGUGUAAUGACAUCAAGCAAAAGGGUGAUCUGGUCCUGCAGUGCGACUACUUGUUUGAGGCCUUGACCAAAUUGAGUGUGAUCGCCAGCAAGCAGAGCUGCAUUCAAGUGGUGCAGGGCAGUGUGCGUUUUGACAUCCAGCCUGGCAGAGAGGGGUUCGUUGACUUCAAGAAUGGUCAGGAGUCCAUGGUCUACAGGGCAAAGAAUGGACAUUUGAUGGUGGAAUCUACAAGAACCAAAUUGAGAUGAUGCCAACAGUGUUGGAUGAAGCUGCUCUUCAGUCUCGGAGCUGUUUGCAAACCUUUGUAACAGCCAUGUUUGUUUUGGAAUGCAACCCCAUGGCUGUUGCCAAUUCCACCAACUGAGUUUUAUAUUUUAAGCAUCUUAACAAUGUGAAGUAUUGCAUUAUACUGCCAGUGACAUAUGGAUAACAUCAUGGCAGACCCAAGCCACAAUGUAAAGGGUAAAAAUGGUAAAUGGACUGCAUUUAUAUAGCGCUUUUCCAUCUAUAUCAGCAGGUCAAAGCGCUUUACAGUAAUGCCUCACGUUCACCCAUUCACACACACACAGAU